AUGACCGAUUUACCAGAUUUUUCCAGCCCCAAAGGCGCUGAUUCUGAAUUACAGGAUUUCUUAGUAGUCGAAAAACAGAAGGCCCAGUUCCAUGCCCAGAUACACGAAUUUAAUGACUUCUGUUGGGACAAAUGUGUGGACAAACCCGGAGCAAAGUUGGACUCAAGAACAGAAACUUGUAUAACCAAUUGUGUCGAGAGAUUUAUUGACGUCUCGUUACUUAUUACAAACAGAUUUGCCCAAAUGCUAGAAAAGGGUGGUGGCAUGCAUUAA